AUGGUCAAUGUCAAGAAAGAGCUGUAUUAUCCUUCUGGGCCCAGCAUCUAUGCGUCGCCGUCGGAGAAAGCUCCCUCUCAAGGAAUGUGUCUUGACCCUGCAUCUCUGUUGACUGUGAAUGUCACCUGCAACGCCUUUCCAAAGCGUAGCAUGACCCCUCCACCGAAACUUUCACCGGUGGUGGCCGCCGUCUCCACAAGUAAGGUAAUCCGAGGCUUCGUGAAAGCGUGGGACAAAAUGUAG